CAAACAAUCCCCUGUUGGUUCUGGUCGUCACAUUAGUCUAUUACUCAUACUACUGAUUUUAACGCCGCGAGACUGACCCCUGAACAGAAGAUGUACGAAACUCUCUUCAGAGGAGCAUUAUGGUGAUGGUUGCCCGGGUCAAGUGAAAUGUCAUGUUUAUUUUCACACAGGGCUUCAGCCCCGCUGAGGUUCUCUCGCAUCUGAUCGAACACAGGCUGUUUCCAGAGAAUGCUGUAACCAAUGUGGAGGCAUGGAUAGCUAGGAUCCGGGAGGACAAACAGAAAGCGAAGUACUCUUGGGUGCACAACGCGCCAGCCUAAUCGCCUCGGUUGGCUGGUUUUGGUCCCUUUUAGUGCCGUCCAAUUCCCCUUUGCGCUGCCAUUUCCUUUUCUGUUGUUGGUGUUGUUGUAUUAGUUUCUGGACAGGGUGAAGGUUGCAACGAGCGGAUACGGCUCAAUGGAACCCUGGCCAGGUACAGGAUUUGCCUUCCGUGCUUUGGGAAUGCCCCAGAAAACUUUGGGACAAUGAGCUCCUAGGAUUAUCACUCGAGCCACUAACUAAAGUGACGACGAACUCCUCGGUGAACCGAGCAGCACCUGG